UCGUAAUCGUGCCGCUGAAGACAGAUCGUGUCCGGAGUUUAUGUACAUAUUACUUCCUGAAAUUUGUUUCCACCUACUUCCCUUAAUGUGUGUAAUAUUGUGACAGUAAAAAAUGAAAUUCAAAUGGUUGAAUAUAGGAUUGAUCGACAGAUAAUUGAAGACAUGGACCUACGAUCAAAUUCAGCAUCAUAAAUUUCAGUGUAAGGUUGAAACUGCAUGUAAUGUGAAACAAAUAUUAAGGAUAUAAACUGUGUUGAUUAAAUAUGGGAGCUUGUUGUGCUAAGAAUGAACAGCCAACUGAUACCAAAUUAACUGACAUUAGCACCGCUGGUGACACAGGCUUAAAAACGGGGAACUCAACAGGAAAGAAGAAGGAGCGCUACACGAAGGACCCCACAACUUUAUCCUUAGUAGUAGAACCUCCACCCAGUCAAACGACCACAGCUUACAAGUCGUCACUGCGAGCCCUUUAUGACUACGAUGCCAGAGCUGAUGAUGAUCUGAGCUUCAAAAAGGGAGACCUUUUAUACCUACUGGAUGACAGUGACUCUGAUUGGUGGUUUGCCAAACAUGCUAACCCUAACUACAGCAACACAAAGGCGGAGGGAUAUGUCCCAAGGAACUACGUGGCCAAAGAGGACUCACUCGAGUCUUAUGAUUGGUUUAUGGGCGCUUUAUCCAGAAAAGAGUCCGAGAGACUUCUGUUGACCCCUGGAAAUGAGGUCGGAUGCUUCCUGAUCAGAGAGAGUGAAACCAGCCCAGGAAACUAUGUGCUGUCAGUGAGGGACUAUGAAGAAGCCAAAGGUGACACGGUCAAACAUUAUAAAAUACGCAACAUGGACAAUAAUCGUGGUUACUACAUCGCAGCAAGGAGGGUCAUGACCUCCCUCCCAGAACUCAUCAAUCACUACUCAGGUCAGUCUGACGGGUUGUGCCGGCAGUUAACAAAACCUUGUCCUAAAUCCAAACCCGUCAUCAGUCUGAACAAAGACGCCUGGGAAAUCCCAAGAGAGUCGCUAGAAUUCGCCAAAAAGCUGGGGGCGGGACAGUUUGGAGAAGUGUGGCGAGGCAAAUGGAACAAAACAACAGAUGUUGCUAUCAAGACUCUAAAGCCAGGGACGAUGUCGAAGGAUGCGUUUUUGGAGGAGGCUAACAUUAUGAAGCAGUGUAAGCACGAUAAGCUGGUGCGACUGUACGCUGUGUGUACGGACCAAGAGCCUAUCUACAUUGUCACAGAACUGAUGUCCAAAGGGAGCUUACUGGACUAUCUCCGUGACGACGACGGACAGAACCUCAAGUUUCCACAGCUGGUGGAUAUUGCUGCUCAGAUUGCAAGUGGUAUGGCAUUUUUGGAGGAGAAAAAACUGAUCCACCGAGAUUUAGCUGCUAGGAACGUUUUAGUGGGGGACAACAACAUUGCAAAGGUAGCAGAUUUUGGCCUGGCUCGAGUUAUAGAGGACGAUGAAUACAACCCUAAACACGGUACCAAGUUCCCCAUUAAGUGGACGGCCCCAGAGGCAGCUUUGUAUGGGAGAUUCACCAUUAAAUCUGACGUCUGGUCAUACGGAAUUCUUCUGGUAGAAAUCGUCACACACGGCCAAGUUCCAUAUCCAGGUAUGGCCAACCGUGAAGUGCUGGAACAAGUGGAGCGAGGAUACAGGCAGGCCAAACCCCCCAACUGUCCCGACUCUAUGUACGACAUCAUGAAGAAAUGCUGGGACAAGAAACCAGCCAACAGACCCACAUUUGAAUACCUGGCUAGUUUCUUUGAUGAUUACUUUGUUUCUACAGAACCAAACUAUCGGGAAGCUGAUGAAUAACAUAAAAAUUUUCUGUUUUUAAAAUUUUAUUUAGUUGUCAAUGAUGAAAUAUAAGAGAUGGUAAGAAAGAAUACUAUUAGUUUCAAUUACAUUUUAUUUAUCUAAUAUCGACAAUUUGAAGCAAAUACUUUGUGGAUGUGAUGAUUUUGAAGGUCACAUUUAUUUUUCCAUCAUACACCCCACUGUAUUUUCUCUAUUUAUCAUAUGAUAAGCAGAUCAGAUUAAUAUUUUUUGACUUGAGCUGUUUACAAGGCUAGCCCUCCAUCAUUUACAGCAUAAUUUGAUAUCUGUGAUUUUUACAUGAAAACAACGAGCUUCCAACAUGCCACAUACUUUCUGUACCAGUCGUACGUCAUCACAGUACGUAGUACUAAGUGUCCAUAUGUGGUGACUUGUAAAGAUGUUCUGUACUUUUAUACAACAGUGUAUUAAAAUGUGCCUUUGUAUUAUGAUCACCGCAAACUGUUAGUUUAGAACACUGUUUACAUUCCGAGAAAUUAUCGUAUGUGCCUUUACUUCAUAAUAAUAGCAACUAAGUACUAAGUAGCUGCCCCUAAAA